CUUCAUUCCACCAAAAUGGCUCUCACUCGAUCUUCUUUCAUGUCCUUCUUCCUCAUGACUUUGGUAGCAGUUUCAUCUGCUAGUGAUUACUAUAGCCCUGCCACAGAAUACAAGAAACCAUCUUAUUCUCCGGCAUAUACAACUCCUAUUUACACACCAUCACCUGUCUACACACCUUCCCCAGUAUACAAGUCUCCAGAAUACUCACCAUCCCCGGUAUACAAGUCUCCAGAGUACUCGCCGUCCUCGGUAUACAAGUCUCCAGAGUACUCGCCUUCCCCGGUAUACAAGUCUCCAGAGUACUCACCAUCCCCUGUGUACAAGUCACCAGUAUACUCCCCAUCACCGGCUUAUAGCCCAUCACCGGCUUAUAGCCCAUCACCUGUCUACAAGUCACCCAAAUACACUCCAUCGCCAGUCUACAACCCAUCUCCGGUGUACAAGACAUCAAUAUACACCCCUUCUCCGGUGUACGAAACACCAGUUUAUAGCCCAUCCCCUGUUUACAAAUCACCUGUAUACACCGCUUCUCCAGUGUACGAAAUACCAGUUUAUAGCCCAUCCCCCGUUUACAAUUCACCUGUAUACACCCCUUCUCCAGCAUAUAAGACACCAAUUUACAGCCCAUCCCCCAUCUACAAGUCACCUCAAUACACCUCUUCUCCAAUUUACAGCCCAUCUCCCGUCUACAAGUCACCGGAGUACACCCCAUCUCCAAUUUAUAGCCCAUCUCCAGUGUAUAAGUCACCAAUUUACACCCCAACUCAAGUAUAUGAGACACCGGUUUACAGCCCAUCCCCCAUCUAUAAGUCACCUGUAUACUCUCCAUCUCCAGUAUACAAGGCGCCAGUUUACAAUCCAUCUCCAGUGUACAAGUCACCAUUAUACACCCCAUCUCCAGUGUACAAGGCACCAAUAUACACCCCAUCUCCAGUGUAUAAGGAACCAGUUUACAGUCCAUCUCCAGUGUACAAGUCACCAAUAUACACACCAUCUCCAGUGUAUAAGGCACCAGUAUACACCCCAUCUCCAGUGUACAAGGCACCAGUUUACAGUCCAUCUCCAGUAUACAAGUCACCAAUAUACACCCCAUCUCCAGUGUACAAGUCACCAACUUACAGCCCAUCCCCCGUUUACAAGUCACCUGUAUACACACCAUCUCCAAUACAUAAAGCACCAAUUUAUAGCCCAACCCCUGUCUACAAGUCACCUAUAUCUGCACCAGCUCCAGUGUACAAGGCACCAGUUUACAAUCCAUCCCCUGUGUACAAGUCGCCCGAAUACCCCCCAUGUCAAGUGUACAAGUCACCAGAAUACAAGCCAUCUGCAGCAUAUAAGGCACCUACAUACAUUCCAUCGCCCGUGUAUAAGUCACCCGUAUACACCCCAUCUCCAAUAUAUAAGGUACCAGUUUAUAAACCAUCCCCCAUUUACAUGUCGCCCGUAUACACCCCAUCUCCAGUAUACAAGUCCCCAGUUUAUAGCCCAUCCAACAUUUACAAGUCACCCGAAUACACUCCAAUUGCAGGAUACACAACACCAGUAUACAGCCCAUCCCCAAUCUACAAGUCACCGGUGUAUACUCCAUCUCCAAUAUACAAGUCACCCACAUACACUCCAUCUCCAGUAUACAAGUCACCAAUUUACACCCCAUCCCCCAUGUACAAGUCACCUGAAUACACUCCAUCUGCAGUAUACACGACACCAGUUUACAGUCCAUCUCCCGCAUACAUGUCACCUAAAAACAAUCCAUCUCCAGUAUAUAAGUCACCUGAUUACAACCCAUCCCCAAUGUACAAGGCACCAGUGUACACCCCAUCUCCAAUAUACAGUCCAUCCCCCAUGUACAACUCCCCCGCUUACACGCCAACUUACAAGGCUCCUACAUAUUCUCCAAGUCCUUCAUACGGCUAUUAA